AUGCUGAGCUUGGCAGCGAAGAGAGGGUUUAUUUGCAAGGCAGGCCUCUCCGAAGGCAAGGGGCUCGGGGCUAUCUAUGGGAUAAGAAAUAAAGAAGGAGGGAGUCCGAGGCCUGGGAAGCAUGGAGAGGGUGGGGAAAGGUGCUUGGGAAAAGGUGCGGGAGUCGUAGUUCUGCGCGGGGGUGACUGGGCUACAGGCCUCUGCACGUUCAAAAGGUCACUGAGCGGACACUCGUGCAGGCCCAGUUGGAGGGUUGGUGGUCCUAUCUUGUCUCAACCAGCUCAGCUCAAACUAGGCGCAGCUGAUUCCAAGUUCCUGGAAAACAACUCAGGCAAACAUCUUAUUGUUUAGCCUACGUGGUGCUUGGAGGACACGGAGAUCUUAAAAGGACCUGGAUUAGUGAAGGCGGGUGAAAUGGAUCUGACUAAUUAUCCAUGGUUUCAGAGCUUUCCCUGUUGCCAGAACCUCUCCUGCCCUCCAGAACCUCCCUGCCCUCCAGAAUCUUCCCUGCCUCCAGAAGAUCACCAGGGCCUCUUUCCUGUAAAUUCCUAGUGCUUGUCGUAUAACGGAAUUUUUAAGUUAAUUCACUUAAUAACUGGAGAAUUUUCCAUGCCGCAUACACGUUGUUGGUUUGGGAAGUCCUUAUCUGGAAAGGGCUUUCCAUGUGAGAAGACCUUCAUGUGCUGCUUAUUCGAGGAUGGCCUGUGCGCACCCUCUGAGACCUGCGUGAACGACGGAGUGUUUGGACGGUGUCAGGAGUUCCCAGCCGUAGACGUGCACCACUACGAAGUGUCGCCAGGGGUCCUGCAGCACCUGACGGCCACCCUGCGGGCGCUCUCCCGCACAGGUCUCACGUGGCAGGAUGGCUACACCCAGCACGUGAUGGCGCGGGAGCUCGCCGGCCUUCCCCAGGCCUCCCCGCGGCGCCCUGAGGCCUCCAGCCCAGCCAGGAGCUCAAAGCAGAGUGUCCAGGACAAGCGGAGCCUCAGCCUGGAGGGCGACGUGCUGGCCGAGGCCCUUCAGCGCUACCUGCCCUACCUGGAGGCCCUGUCCCAGGCCGCCGGCCCUGACGUGCUCCCCGGGCUGAAGCCGGACAGGCCGCCGGCCCAGGGUGAGGACCCCCCGGCCGACAGCGCGCUGACCUUCGUGGCCCGGACGUCCGCCCUGACCUACGCCCCCGCGUCCCGGGCCGACUUCCCCGGGGACCGCCCGCUGCGCACGCUCCGCCGGCUCCAGCCCGACGAGCUCAGCCCCAAGGUGGCCGGCGGUGCGGACAGGCAGAGUCUGGUCGCCGCACUGGGUGCCUUCGCGGCCCGGAAGCCCCCCGCGCCCCCCAGGGACGGCGACCCCGCACCCCGCAACCUCGUGCGCGCGCCCUGGCGAGAGCCCAGGGUCCUUUCGGCACCGGCGGCCCCCCAGAAAUGGCCCUCGCCUCCGGACCCCAGGGACGCCCUGGGCACGGACGACGGGGCACGUGUUCAGGCUCUGCUGAAGGACCUGCGGAAGCGCCCGGGCAGCGUGGAGGGUCUGAGCGCCCUGGACGUGGCCGAGGCAGCCCGUGCGAUAGCGAGCGCGAUGCCAGGCGGGGGCGCGGAAGGGGAGCAGGACGGCGCCGGGAGAGGCGGCGGAGGGCCGAGAGGGCAGGCGGGCCGCUCGGGGGCCACGCGCCACAGAGACGGCGUGCCAGAUAACAGAGUGCGAGACGGCGGUGCAGGAGUUUACCAGGAGGUCAGCCGUUUGGGCGUCAAACUCGAGGACCUCCUGCAGGGUCCUGGGUCUCCAUUCCUGCCUGGAGCCCCCCGUCUUGCUGGGUCCUUCAAGACGGAGAUCAAGAAAUCAGAGGACCCUGAGGCCUCCCCGUCUUCAGAGGAGGAUCGCUUUGGGGUGGAGAACAUAAAGAGUCAGACCUACUCCAAGGAGCUGCUGCAGAGGCUGCCGCACCCAGAGCCGGGGCCGAGCAGGCUCGGGGCGUCGCAGCUCCAGGCUCCGGUGGCCCCGCAGGAGGACCAGCGCCCCGGCGCCGGGGCCCGGAGACCCCCCAGCCAAGGCCUGCGGCUGGAAGUGCAGCCUCCCCAGGAGGAGUACGGCUACAUUGUGACGGAAAACGACCCGCUGAGCCCAGAGAAGGGGACGGAGGUGCUGGAGGACGUGGCGCGUCUCCUGGACAUGCCGGCGGGUGUCUUCUCGGACAUCGCGGUCUCGGGACCAGCGGUGACCUUCAGGGUGCGCGCCAACGUCCAGAACAUGACGGCGGCGGACGCUGCGAAGGCGGCAGCUGACAACAAGGACCAACUGGAAAGAAUGUCUGGACUGAGAGUUCUUCAGACCGGAGUCGGCUCGAAAAGCAAACUCAAGCUUCUGCCUCACCAGGCAGAACGAGAGGACUCGACCAAGUUCAUCGUGCUCACUCUGGUCUCCAUCGUGGCCAUCGUGGCGGUCCUGCUGGCGUCCGGCGUCAUCUACUGCCUACGACACAGCUCUCAGUACAGGCUGAAGGAGAAGCUCUCGGGACCUGGGGGCGACCCGGACCCCGAUGCCACCAACGCCUACCAGGAGCUGUGCCGGCAGCGCAUGGCCGCGCGCCCGUCCGAGCGCCCGGAGACCGCGCGCACGUCCCGCGUCAGCAGCGUGUCCUCCCAGUUCAGUGACGGGCCGAUGCCCAGCCCCUCGGCGCGGGGCAGCACCUCGUCCUGGUCGGAGGAGCCCGCGCAGCCCAACAUGGACAUCUCCACCGGCCACAUGGUCCUGGCCUACAUGGAGGACCACCUGAAGAACAAGAACCGCCUGGAGAAGGAGUGGGAGGCUCUGUGUGCCUACCAGGCCGAGCCCAACAGCUCGCUCGUGGCCCAGAGGGAGGAGAACGUGCCCAAGAACCGCUGCCCCGCAGUGCUGACCUACGACCACUCCCGGAUCCGGCUGAAAUCAGAGAACAGCCACAGAAGCUCUGACUACAUCAACGCCAGCCCCAUCAUGGACCACGACCCCAGGAAGCCCGCGUACAUCGCCACCCAAGGACCGCUGCCCGCAACCGUGGCUGACUUCUGGCAGAUGGUGUGGGAGAGCGGCUGUGUGGUCAUCGUCAUGCUGACCCCCCUCUCGGAGAACGGCGUCAGGCAGUGUUACCACUACUGGCCAGACGAGGGCUCCAACCUCUACCACGUCUACGAGGUGCACCUGGUCUCUGAGCACAUCUGGUGCGAGGAUUUCCUCGUGAGGAGCUUUUAUCUGAAGAACCUUCAAACCAACGAGACUCGCACGGUGACGCAGUUCCACUUCCUGAGCUGGUAUGACCAGGGAGUGCCUUCCUCCACGAGGUCCCUUCUGGAUUUCCGCAGAAAAGUAAACAAGUGCUACAGGGGCCGUUCUUGUCCAAUAAUUGUCCACUGCAGUGACGGCGCGGGCAGGAGCGGCACCUACAUCCUGAUCGACAUGGUUCUCAAUAAGAUGGCCAAAGGCGCUAAAGAGAUCGACAUUGCCGCGACGCUGGAGCACUUGCGGGACCAGAGGCCACGCAUGGUUCAGACGAAGGAGCAGUUCGAGUUUGCGCUGACGGCCGUGGCCGAGGAGGUGAACGCCAUCCUCAAAGCCUUUCCCCAGUGAGUGCGUGUGCCGAGGCCCCGGGGAAAGCCGUCUGCAGUCAGGGGACGACCUAACCACGCCUCCCAGCGCAGCUGCCUCGUGACCGGGUCCUGAAGACUCUGUGGGCCGUGCAGUUUAGCAGUUAAAAUGUGUAUUUUUGUUCAACCAAACAAUAAUAAAGAGAGAUCUGUGGGAAGAUGCAAUUACGGGGGGCAAUCAGUUCAUCUAUUUUCACUUUCUUGAAAAAAAAUUUAUUUUUCCUUAAAGCACCCAUACACAUUCUUAACCGCAAUCAUGUCGUACUGGUGGUGCCGUCAGCGUGGUCCCCGGAAGAGAGUUGGCUCGUGACCUGUCACUUCCUGAAGGGGUGUCAGCUGUGCAGGGCGGGGCCCAGAGAGGCCUAUGAGGCACCGAAUGGAGGCCACCGGCUGUAAGAAACUCGACCGGCGUUUGUCUUGACAACAGUUUAUCACCGGAGGAGACACCGCGGCUUAUUCGGGACUUAGGUGGACAGAACGGGGACGUUCUGCAGCUUUGGGGCAGGAAAUAAGGAAGUCGCCCAGCUCUGUGUUUCAUCCCAGCUGCUCAACACCCUUCCCGCCCUGCACUGUCAACAGCCCCUCCCGACCUCCCACCCCCGAGGAUGGGCAGGGCCGCUGGGGGCAGACGCUUUCCCACCCAGAGUGCCUGCUUCCAGGCCAACCACCGCAGGGGCGCCUCACCUGGGCAAGGUGGGGGGCGAGCCCCAAACUCCAGACACGGUCAUGAACUACAAAUAAGGAUUCACACAGACGCAGCUAAACGCUUCCCUGCAGGGUGACCGAAAUCAGAGGGGGUGCGGGGCAAAGCCGGGCACUCAGCGAGCUCCCGGCAGGCACCUGUGGUCCCCUCUCCGGGAAGGCUCGGGCCCUGCUGGCAUCCAGAGAAGACCAGGGGUGCUUUCACCAUGGGAGGAACGCAGGGAGACCCACAUUUUUUUUUUGCUCUUUACCUAUGUGGGAUCAUAGCAGCUGGGGAAGAGGGAUGACCUGGGCUCCCCCCAGGGCUCAGACUCCUCACCUCUUUGCCUGCCCCCUUGUCUGAUGUCACGGAGACACACACAUCUAGCAACGAUCUGGAUUUGCCAAAAUACCACUUGAGCGCCAAAUGUACCACCCCCGCCCCGAAACAGAGAAGGCACUUCCUUAAACUGAGGACGAUUAAACAUCUGGGAAGGUGUGCAGGCCGCUCUGGGUGUUGCUGGUCUCGUUUUAGGGAACAAGACGCUCCCCGGUAACCCAGGUACCUCUGUUUCCCGUGUUGCACACCAUUCUUUCCAUCUUAAAUAGGUGUUACAUCUCAGAAGACAGUAGAAUAGGGAAAGUGGCCAGCUGAAUGGGGAGAAAAAUGCCAAAAUAUUGUUUGUGUCUCUAAAUGGUGUUGUCAUGUGUAUCUGCUUUAAUAUCUAUAAUUUCUUUCCCAAUGUUGUUUCUCUCUAUCUGGAAUCUAAAUAAUUAAUAGAAACUAGUUUAUCUGAAUAUAGGAAGCAUAUACCUACUUGUAAUUUCUAACUUCUUAUGUUUCUUCAGUGUGAGAUAUAUAAAUAUAUUUAAUUGUGUCUGAUUAAACAUCUGAUUUCACA